AUGAAUGUGAAGAAACCACGAGGAAGGCCAAGGAAGAUUGUUGUUGUCACCAAACCAGCCUCUUUCCCUUUGGCCUACCUUUGCAGGUUACCACGAACUGGAUCCUUAAGCAUAACACAUUCUUGUGUACUAACUACUUCGGUAGCCACAACAUCGGUUUCAUUGUUAUUACAUGCCAUCUCAACACCGGUAUUGUCGGUGGUCAUUUCUUUCAGUUUGGACAAAGAGUCAUUCGGUGAUUCUUUCAUAAAUGACAUCAAUGUCCCAUCGAAAUGGCAAGAUCAACUCGCUUCAUAG